AUGACCACUCGGUAUCGCGUUGAAUUCGCAUCGUCGAGACCAACUGGUAAGUUCUUCACGGCGCGUCUCAACGGCCAAACUAACAUCUUCCAGAUUGAAUGGAUCAAAGGCCUUCUGGCGGUCCCCUUUGUGCUGCACUCGCAGCCCACCGCUGUCUACCAGGAACAUAGCGAGAACCUCGUGGCCGUAGCAGCCGAUACCCAUCAGCGCUACGCGGAGAUCUUCCGGGAUGUUGAGAAGCUCAUCGACGACCACAGUAGGCCUCUUGCCCCCCCCCCCCCCCCUGUUCUCGCUUCCCAUCUAACCCUGUCAGUCGACCAUGAACGCAACGCCGCCCCGGGCAAGUCCAAACUGAAACUCCUCGUCCCGACCGCGGGCUCUUUCUUCAGCCGGCUCCCGCUCGAAGACGCCUUCAAAUACCAAGACGCAAAACGCAUGAUCAGCCGCCGUCGCUUCGUCGCCCCCUCCUUCAACGACAUCCGCCUCACCCUCAACACCGCCCAGCUCCUCGGCCUCGUCCGCGGGCCCGGUCUCGACCUCGUCACCUUCGAUGGAGACGUCACCCUCUACGACGACGGCGCCUGCCUCACCCCGGACAACCCCGCCAUCCCGCGCAUCAUCCGCCUCCUGCACCAGGGCGUGCGCAUCGGCAUCGUCACCGCCGCCGGCUACACCGAGGGCGCAAAGUACUACGAGCGCCUCAAGGGCCUCCUCGACGCCGUCCAUGACUCCUCCUCCCUCACCCCCGCCCAGAAAGACGGCCUGGUCGUCAUGGGCGGCGAGAGCAACUUCCUCUUCCGCUUCGACUCGGCCUCGCCGCACCGCCUCUCCUACGUCCCCCGCCCGGAGUGGCUCCUCGACGAAAUGAAGUCCUGGAACCAGGAGGAUAUCACCCAGCUGCUCGAUAUCGCGGAGUCUUCGCUGCGCGCUUGCGCCGCGAACCUUAACCUCCCUGUUGCUGUACUCCGCAAGGACCGCGCCGUCGGCGUCUACCCCUACGACCGGAGCAAGAUCCACCGCGAGCAGCUCGAGGAGACCGUCCUCGUCGUGCAGAAUACAGUGGAACGAUCUGUCGUCGGCUCUCGACUGCCCUUUUGCGCGUUUAACGGCGGAAAUGACGUCUUCGUCGACAUCGGCGACAAGUCCUGGGGUGUGCGCGCUUGUCAGCGGUAUUUCGGAGGGAUUGAGCCGUCGCGCACGCUCCAUGUUGGCGAUCAGUUUCUCUCGGCUGGCGCGAAUGAUUUCAAGGCUCGUUUGGCAUCGACGACUGCCUGGAUUGCCAGUUUGACGGAAACAGUGCAGCUACUCGACGAACUGGAGGAGAUGCAGAAGGCGGAGAAGAAUCGAUCUUGA